ACAGUGUUCCAAAAAUGAGUCUCAACGUUCGAUUGGUUGGAUUGGUGGUGGUGAUGCUCUUCGGAAUUCAACAUAAUCGAGUAGCAGCAUAUCAGGACGCGUUCACGACGACGGAACUGAGUUACUCUUUCGGUAGAAGAGCCGAUGCCGACGUACUUUGCUUCGAAAAACAACUGGUCAAAGGAACAACCCUACCGGCAACGAUUUCACAAACUCAAGCUACCAACAUACGGUACAUAACGCUGGUGGCCGAUAAAUACUAUAAAGAUGGGUUCCGUGCAACCGUUACUCCAGCGCUUCCGGUAAUGGCAACUAAUGUCCGCGUAGACGGCAAACCCGUUUUACCGUACAGCAUACUCAUUCAGUUUUGGUGUGCACCGUAAGCAGUUUAGGGCUAGGUAUCGAAAACGUGUAUGGAUAUUCAAGUUUUUACUUAUUUAU